GGAUCAUGUGACAGCGGGUGGGCGUGGUUUCGCCCCGUGACAGGAACCCGCGGAGACGGAGAGACAGGAGCCGGGAAUAUGAACUCGGAGCGAGACUUCACGCCGCUCACCCCCAAUAUCGUCAGAGCUCUCAAUGACAAGAUGUACGAAAAGAGGAAAGUGGCCGCUCUGGAGAUCGAGAAGCUGGUCAGAGAGUUUGUUGCCCAGAAUAAUACCGCUCAGAUAAAGCACGUCAUCUUGAUCCUGGCCCAGGAGUUUGCUCUGUCUCAGCACCCUCACAGUCGCAAGGGUGGUCUCAUUGGAUUGGCUGCCUGCUCCAUUGCACUGGGAAAGGACUCUGGGCAAUACCUGAGGGAGCUGAUUGAGCCUGUGCUGACCUGUUUUAACGAUGCAGACAGCCGCUUGCGAUACUAUGCCUGCGAAGCUCUGUAUAACAUCGUGAAAGUUGCUCGAGGCUCUGUUUUGCCCCAUUUCAGCGUGCUGUUUGAUGGACUCAGUAAGCUUGCUGCCGAUCCAGAUCCCAAUGUUAAGAGUGGCUCUGAACUGCUGGAUCGCUUGCUGAAGGACAUUGUCACAGAAAGCAGCAAGUUCGAUCUGAUCAGUUUUGUCCCUCUUCUCCGUGAACGCAUCUACUCAAACAACCAAUAUGCUCGUCAGUUUAUAAUCUCCUGGAUCCUGGUGCUGGAAUCUGUUCCUGACAUCAAUCUUCUGGAUUACCUUCCGGAGAUACUCGAUGGUCUCUUCCAGAUCCUUGGAGAUAACAGCAAAGAAAUCAGGAAAAUGUGUGAAAUGUCUCUCGGAGAGUUCCUCAAAGAGAUCAAGAAGCAGCCGUCCAGUGUUAAGUUUGCUGAAAUGGCCAAUAUCCUGGUCAUCCACAGUCAAUCAUCUGAUGAUUUAAUUCAGCUGACUGCCAUGUCCUGGAUGAGGGAGUUCCUGCAACUGGCCGGCCGCGUAAUGCUUCCCUAUGCCUCCGGAAUACUCACUGCUGUACUGCCCUGUCUAUCAUAUGAUGACCGUAAAAAGAGCAUUAAAGAGGUGGCCAAUGUGUGUAACCAGAGUCUCAUGAAGCUCGUUACUCCAGAAGAUGAUGAAAAUGAUGAUAUUAAGCCCCCAGUAGAUGGACAGUGUGAUGGGGAUCCCGCAUCCCACCAGGACACCAUUGAUACAAGGAUUCUGGGUAAUUCCACUGAUCCAACCCUUGACAAUAUCAACGUAUUUACUCCCAGCAGUGCCCAGACAGGGGUGGUCAGCCUGAAUUUGGAUGGUAUUGUUCACGUACUAGAUCGGCAUCUCCAUGAAUCUACCACUGGCAUGAUGAGCAGGAUCAGCGUGCUGAAAUGGUUUUAUCAUCUAUACAUCAAGACCCCACGCAAGAUGUUCCGUCACACCGACAGCCUGUUCCCCAUAUUGCUGAAGACCCUUUCCGAUGAGUCUGAUGAGGUCAUACUAAAGGAUCUAGAAGUUUUAGCUGAAAUUGCCUCUUCUCCAGCUGGACAGACAGACUCUUCCAGUGACAGUCCUGGCCUUCUAUCUGGACCAUCAGAACUGCAUGUUCCAGCUUCAAGCAGAGGCAGCCAAGGUGCCCGGGGUCACGAGUGUUCACCCUCCACACCUACCAUGAACUCCUAUUUCCACCGCUUCAUGAUAAACCUUCUGAAACGUUUCAGCAGUGAGCGAAAACUUCUGGAGAGCAGAGGAGCCUUUAUCAUCCGACAGCUGUGCCUUCUCCUGAAUGCUGACAAUAUCUUCCAUGCUAUGGCUGACAUCUUACUGCGGGAGGAAGAUUUGAAGUUUGCUUCCACUAUGGUUCAGAAUCUGAACAGCAUCAUGCUAACAUCCUCCGAACUGUUCCAGCUCCGCAGCCAACUAAAGGACUUACAGACACCGGAAAGUCGCAAUCUCUUCUGCUGCUUGUACCGCUCGUGGUGUCACAAUCCCGUGGCUACAGUGUCCCUGUGCUUCCUAACUCAGAACUACGAGCAUGCGUACCACCUCAUCCAGAAAUUUGGAGACCUGGAGGUUACAGUGGAUUUCUUGACUGAAGUUGACAAAUUGGUACAGCUCAUAGAGUGCCCCAUCUUCACGUAUCUUCGUCUUCAACUCCUGGAUGUAGAGAACCACCCCUACCUGAUCAGAGCCCUAUACGGACUACUAAUGCUCCUCCCACAAAGCAGCGCUUUCCAACUGCUGUCUCACCGGUUACAGUGCGUCCCUAACCCUCAGCUCAUGAGAUCUGGGAACACACAGCCAGCGGCAUCUCCAAAUGAGGAUCCAGCCAGGAUGGAUUACAGAGAGUUACUGCAGCACUUUGAGAAGGUGCAGCACAAGCACCUGGAGAUACGGCACCAGCGAGCAGUGUCUGGGGAGAUCUUGGAGCGGAGACUUUUAUAGUUACACAGUGCCCUGCAACCUGGAUGGGAUCUUCCCAUGCCCUCCCUCUUGACAGAUCUUUACUUUACAUAUAGGUUACAGUUAUUGUGUCGAUGUAAAGUAUGUUAAGGUGUGUAGUAUAUUUCCUAACGCACCUUGUGACUUGGCUUUGAUGUGGUUAUUGUACUGGACACUAUGUAGCAUCUUUCAGUGCUCGCACGGUUGCGGGUAGUUAAGCAGCUGUCAGACUGUAUGCACACAGCUCUAAAUUGAGUAGAACGACUGAGCUGCCCAGAAAACGUCACCAUGGAUUGCCACACAGAGCCGCACAUUAGUAAAUAGCUGGAAAUAGGACUGGACAUUUCUUCCAGCUUUACUUGGAAUUCAGCAAGAAAUACUGGAAUGUGAUAACUCGUGGAAAUCAGGAGCGCAUCGCACUUGUAUCGGUUCACAGUGUGCUAUGACAAUUGACCAAACUGCAAGAAAAUAGAUCAUGUUUUUUGUAAAGUCAUGAAAGAAUAAAACAACUCCUCACCUG